CACGUGGUCAAACAAUUGGCGGUUUUGGAGCCGCCACCACUUGCAAAUUCCCUUCUCCUCCCGCCCACGGCAAUUAACUGCCGUCUCUCUCUCCCCCUCUUUCCUUUUUUAUAUUCUCUGCAACUUUACCAGAAAAAGAUAUGCGCGGACCACCAUUAAGAAUCUUGUAAUUCUCUCUCGUAGAUCAACAGCAGUAAAACUGCAGACCUGGCUGCCGUUUUUAAUCAUCAGUCCCGAGACUUCAAUCCUCUCUCUUUCUCUCUCUCUCUCUCUCUCUUCUCCUCCCUCCUUCGUUAUAUUCUCUGCAACUUAAGGAGACCACACGUGCAGAGCUCCAUCAACAAGAUUAUAUUUAUCUUUUAUCUGUAUCUAUUAGAUAAACAACAGUAAAACCUCAGACCCAGCUACAAUCUCGAAUCAUUUGUCACUAAAUUUCCUUUUCCCGGCUGAUGAUGUCCGGAGUCGAUUCCAGCCGCCAAACCAUCGCCCAGGCAAUCGGAUGGCUACACGUGGCACUGAUACUCUACCGAGCCAAUGCGCAGACCCAUACUCCAGAAAACUCAUACGGCCUCUACAACACCUUCGAUCCCGCCAUGGCAAUAGUUGUCGUCAUCCUCGUCGGCGCAUUUUUUGCCAUCGGAUUGGUAUCCUUCUAUCUCCGACAGUGCGCAGAAGUGGCUGCUUCCGCCGGAUCCGGAAAUAUCUCUCUUGAUGUCUCCCGGUCCCGACGACGUGGGUUGAAUCGCGACGUGGUCGAGACCUUCCCGGUCUUCCUGUACUCCUCCGUGAAAGAGCUCAGGGUGGGUAAAGGGUCUCUCGAGUGUGCGGUUUGCUUGAGUGAGUUCGAUGAUGAUGAAACGUUGCGUUUGUUGCCCAAGUGCAGCCACGUCUUCCACCUGGGUUGCAUCGACGCUUGGCUGGCUUCUCACACUACGUGCCCUGUUUGUCGAGCUGAGUUAAAGCCCGAGUCUGGAAAAGUUUGUAAAGACGCUGCACAGUAUCCUUCUGUUGAGUCCGAUGCCGAGUCAAGUCAUGUUGAAGCUCGAGCUGUCAAUGAAUCGGAAAAUCACGUCGCCAUUAAUGUUAACCAAGACGAAACCAGUGAAUUACCGGCAGGGGAAAUAAAGCCCACCGUGAAGCAGAACCUACCAGUAAUGCCAGGAAUGUCGUGGAAGUUUCCGCGGUCGCACUCGACUGGCCACUCCCUUGGCCAACUCGGGGAGAGCACGGAGAUAUACACGCUGAGAUUGUCCGAUGAAGCAAUGAAGUUGGUGGUGGCAAAGGUGAAACUGAAAAGGACCAUGAGCUACGACGUCGUUUUGGCAGCCGAGGGAAGUUCAACGAAAGGUAAUUGUAGAACCGGUAGUGAGUACCCACACCGCUGGGUGUUUUCCAUGACUCCGCCGUUUGUUUCGAAGUCAGUCAACGUCAAGUUUCCGAAAACCUUCGUGGCAGGCGAUGCAGAAUAUAGCACGUCAUCGAACGUAAGGACGGCGUUGACGUCCGUUAACGUGCCGUUAAACUGUCUUAAUUUGAAGGUUGAACAGGGCGAGUCAAGCUCCGGUAGACUUCCCGUUUGAUACCCAUAGGCAUAGCUGUAAACUCCUGUUUGCAACGGGGUUGAUUAGGAAUUUAGGAAUUAUUUUGGCCCAUUUUAUUAUUUUUAGUAAUUAAAUAAAUUUUAAAAUAAAAUAUUUAUAUUUUGAUAUUCUUUAAAUUUUUAUGAGUGAGAUGAAAACACGGGUUGACUUUGUAAUUUCAUUUUGAACUCGUGCAAGAGUUGACAUUGUAAAAAUAGUACAUGUUGG